AAUCCGCGGACUUUCGCGUGAACUUCAGCUUGAGCCGGUGUGCAUUACCUCAGUCAGUGGACAGGCGAGAACUAUGAAAUCGCAGUAAACCUGAGUUUUAUGAAUAAAAGAUCCUCACUACACCACUCCGUAGCUACUGUAUUUUAAAAAGACACUCCGUGCUAUAGUUCUCCGUGUUGUACUCGUGAUCUCCAGUGAAGAUGUCAGUGGUGGGAUUUGAUGUGGGCUUCCAGAGCUGUUAUGUUGCUGUCGCUCGAGCCGGUGGAAUAGAGACCGUAGCAAACGAAUAUAGCGACCGGUGUACACCGUCAUUUGUAUCGUUUGGUCCUCGUAAUCGUUCUAUUGGAGCAGCUGCCAAAAGCCAGGUGGUCACAAACUGCAAGAACACUGUGCAAGGUUUUAAGCGAUUCCAUGGCAGGGCAUUCAGUGACCCAUAUGUCCAGUCAGCAAAGUCCAGCCUGGUCUACGAUCUCGCUCAGAUGCCAACGGAGACCACAGGCAUCAAGGUCAUGUAUAUGGAGGAGGAAAAGGUGUUCAGCAUCGAGCAGGUCACUGCCAUGCUGCUGACCAAGCUGAAAGAGACUGCUGAAGCGGCACUCAAAAAACCUGUGGCAGACUGUGUCAUAUCUGUUCCCAGCUUCUAUACUGAUGCAGAGCGAAGAUCAGUCAUGGAUGCUGCGCAGAUCGCAGGCCUAAACUGUCUUAGACUCAUGAAUGACACUACAGCAGUUGCACUGGCAUAUGGGAUCUACAAGCAGGACCUGCCGGCCCCUGAAGAAAAGCCCAGAACUGUGGUGUUUGUAGAUGUUGGCCAUGCGAGUUACCAGGUCUCUGCGUGUGCCUUUAACAAGGGGAAGUUAAAGGUUCUGGGUUCUGCAUUUGACCAUGAGCUGGGCGGUAAAGACUUUGAUGAAGUGCUGGUCAAAUACUUCUGUGAGGAAUUUGGCCAGAAGUACAAGCUGGAUGUGCGCUCGAAGCCCCGCGCUCUAGUGCGACUCUAUCAGGAGUGCGAGAAGCUGAAAAAACUCAUGAGUGCCAACUCCUCUGACCUGCCACUCAACAUUGAAUGCUUCAUGAACGACAUUGACGUCACUGGCACACUCAACAGAGCCAAGUUUGAGGAGCUCUGCAUGGGGCUGCUGGCCAAAGUGGAGGGUCCCCUGCGCAGCGUCAUGGAACAGACCAAGCUGAAGAAAGAGGACAUCUAUGCGGUGGAGAUCAUAGGCGGCGCCUCCAGAAUUCCAGCCGUUAAAGAGCGAAUCAGCAAAUUCUUUGGGAAGGAGCUGAGCAUGACACUGAAUGCGGACGAGGCUGUGGCCAGAGGAUGUGCACUACAGUGUGCGAUUCUGUCACCUGCCUUUAAAGUGCGUGAGUUUUCCAUCACAGACAUUGUCCCAUACCCCAUCUCUCUAAAAUGGAACUCGGCGGCUGACGAAGGCAUUAGUGAUUGUGAAGUAUUUCAAAAGAAUCAUGCAGCACCCUUCUCUAAAGUGUUGACUUUCUACCGGAGGGAGCCUUUUGCUUUGGAGGCCUACUACAACAAUCCAAAAGAGCUGCCGUAUCCCGAUCCUACCAUAGGUCAGUUCAACAUCCAGAAAGUGGUGCCUCAGCCAUCAGGUGAGAGCUCAAAGGUGAAGGUGAAGGUACGUGUGAAUGUGCACGGGGUCUUCAGCGUGUCCAGCGCCUCCCUGGUGGAGGUCCUGAAAUCUGCUGAAGGAGAAGAGCCCAUGGAGACAGAGACUUCUGGCAAGGAGGAUGAGAACAAGAUGCAAGAGGAUCAAGAAGUACAGAAGACUCAAGCUGAUGAUCAGAAAGAAAAUGCUGACAAGAAAUCAGACACUGAAGACAUGGAGACUUCAACAGAAGAAAACAAACAGGGAGAGAAGAAGAACGACCAGCCUUCACAAUCCAAGAAAGCCAAAGUGAAGACAAAGACAGUGGAGCUGCCCAUCAAGAACAGCCUGCACUGGCAGCUGGCCAAAGACAUGCUUAAUCUGUUUGUGGAGAAUGAGGGGAAGAUGAUCAUGCAGGACAAGCUGGAGAAAGAAAGGAAUGAUGCCAAGAACUGUGUGGAGGAGUAUGUUUAUGAAAUGAGAGACAAACUGCAUGGAAUGCUGGAGAACUUUGUAAAUGAGGCUGACCGAGAUUCCUUCUCCUUAAAAUUGGAGGACACAGAAAACUGGUUAUAUGAAGAAGGAGAGGACCAGCAAAAGCAAGUGUACAUUGACAAACUGGCAGAGUUGAAGAAACUAGGCGAGCCUAUUCAGAGCAGAUAUAUUGAGGCGGAAGAGCGACCAAAAGCUUUUGAGGAGCUCGGAAGGCAAAUCCAGCAGUACAUGAAAAUCGUAGAAGCUUAUAAGGCCAAGGAUGAGCUGUAUGAUCAUUUGGAAGAGCUGGAGGUCAUGAAAGUGGAGAAGCAAGUGAAUGAAGCCAUGACCUGGAUGAACAACAAAAUGAACCUACAGAGCAAACAGAGUCUCAGCCAGGACCCAGUGGUGAAAGCCCAAGAGAUUGAGGCCAAAACAAGGGAGCUGUAUUCUGCUUGCAAUCAUAUUGUCACCAAACCUAAGCCCAAAGUAGAGCCUCCCAAGGAGGAGAAGACAGCUGAACAGAAUGGCCCUGUUAAUGGACAGGAGGGCUCAGAGGCCCAACCGGGCAGCCCAGAGAAGGGCAAAGUCAACCCAGAAACCACAGAGGCCAAGCUUCCCGAAAUGGACAUUGACUAAGUUAGCAUGGCCUGCUCAUCUCCUCUCUCCACCCCAGCCUCUAGCCUCUCUCAUGCCUCUUAAAUGCUUCUGGGUUUGGAUUCAGAUAAAAAAUCAGAAGCAUUCAAACAAAAAGCAUCUCAACCCGAUUGAUUUUGGUGACGCUGCCUGCCUACUCCAGCAAAUAUGCUCUUGCAGUUGGUGGCAUGAUUGCUGCUUUCUUUUUUUGCUAUUUAAAAAAAGAUACAUAGACAUCCAAUGGGCAGGUUUUUUGUUUUUGUUUUGUCUGUUUUCAUCAAGUUGGAAAAAACAUGUUACAGGAUGUAAACCUGUUCUUUAUUGCUUUAAAACAUCUACAGUUCUGGUUACUUUGAAGGCUGAAGGAAUUAUAAAGAGGGAUGGACUGGGAGAACUACAUGACUAGAAACUUUUUUUAUAGCUAUUAUGUGUCUUAUGUUCUACUUUUUGCAAAGUUUAUUGGUUUUGAAGUUUUCAUGCUUCUAGAUUAACUUCAUGUGGUUUUUAUUUAAAUCUGAAAAUCCAAAAUGGGUUUCCAAACACCAGAUUUUUGCAAAGAAGCACUUAAACAGAGGAACCGCAAUGAUUGCAGAAGGAACAAUUCUAGAGACAGAGGCGUAAACUGCACUGUAUAUUGAAAUAGAUUUGAGUUACUGUUACGCAGUAUUUCAUUGUAAAUGUUGCAUCAUUUUGUGGCUAUGGCCUAUGUGUGGUUGCUUUCAGGUAAAACCCUGGAGUUUCUGUUUUUGUUUCUUUUUCUACUCUGCAACCAGUGUGAAUGGUGGAGACUAAUUUGGUAUCCAUUCCAGUCACAAAUAAUGAUGAUGAUUAUAUAAUAAACCAUUAAUUUUGGUAUACAAAAAGAAUUUAUUUGAAUGUUGUUUAUAACACUGCUCCUUGGACCAUGUGUUAGAGGCGCAAGGGUGUCUUACAAUUCUUUAUGGGGUUAAAGGGCAAAAGGAUGUACAUACUGGUAUCUGUCUUUAAAAUAAAAUAAUUUGGAGGUAUUUUAAA